AUGAGGUUCAGGCUCCUCUGGGCAUUCAGUACCAUUCUGCUCGCAGUAGUCGAUGCUGACAACCACAGUUUCCUCCACAGAGACGUCGGCACUGGUGGCGAUGACGCCUUUCUACUUCGGACGAAUCUCCUAAGGCCCAACUCACGAUGCGGUCCAUUGAACGAAGCACAAUGUGUUUCCAACUAUAGGCUUUCGAAAGCUCGGCCAGUGGUCGAAAACGCGUUCGGUCUUCUAGUCUCGACAUCCCGCAUAUCCCAGGAAGCGAUCCCGUUGGCCGUAGAGACAACUGAUGUAGCACGACCGGAUUUUCGGAUUACGAGUUCGAAGUGA